UAAAAAAACGCACGCAUUUACAGAAAAAAAAAAGAAGCAAUUUUUUUGAAUUUAAAAAAUGGAAAAAAGGUUCCUUAUUGUGAUUUCUCCAUCAUCCCCCUCUCCUGGAGUGGUUUCUCCUCUGUUUUAUAUCUCUUCUAGCCCUAGAUUCGAGGAGAAAAAAGCCGCUAAAGUCAGGUAUUGAUUUGCUCUGCUUCAUUGGGGUUUUGUUUCAGAAAAAAAAAAAGACCCGUAUCAAAUCGAGACAUCUGGGUUGAUUUGAUUGGGUCUUCCUGGAGUCUAUUGAUCUUUCAGAUCGUGCCAAGCUUUAGCUGUUACUACUGUGAGUGGGGGUUUAGGGUCCAUCUCUUUACCAGAUUUUGAGGUUAAAAAACUCUCCUUUAAUUCUUUGGAUGAAGUUGGUCGUAUGAUGAAUUGGCUACAUUUUAGAACACGCCAUUUGCAGUUUUGACGCACUGAUUCGACUUGGAAACCAAAAAGUCGAGUGCUUUUGAUUGGGGGAGGUAGUUACUAGUUAUUAUAGGCUGAGCCUUAACAAUGAAAAGGGUAAAAAGCGAAUCUUUUAGAGGGGUUUAUAGUUCUAGGAGGUUCAAGUUGUCACAUUUCUUGCUAGCUGUAGCUGGGUUUUACUUGGUUUUCUUAGCGUUUAAGUUCCCACAUUUCAUCGAGACGGUUACUAUGUUAAGUGGGGAUACUGGUUUAGAUGGGGCGUUAAGGGAUACUACUGGUUUUGAUGUUAGUUUAAGCGGGUCUUUACGCAGUGACAUGUUAGAUAGGAAGCUAGAAGAUGAAGAGAUUCAAAGUGGGCCUUCUACUACUCAUAAUGCGCCACAAGAAGAGAAGUUUAGUGGAUCUAAACCGAUUCAGCCACUUCGGUAUGGUCGAAUAUCGGGAGAGGUUAUGAGACGUAGAAAUAGAACUAUCCAUAUGUCACCUUUUGAAAGAAUGGCAGAUGAGGCUUGGAUGCUUGGAUCCAAGGCUUGGGAAGAUGUUGCUAAGUUUGAGGUUGAAAACAUUGAAGAGAGUCCUUCCAUGUACCGAGGGAAGGUCGAAUCUUGUCCUUCUCAGAUCUCAAUGAAUGGAGAUGACUUGAAUGAAGCCAAUAGGAUNCAUUCAUUAACUUCGUUUAAGUUCCCACAUUUCAUCGAGACGGUUACUAUGUUAAGUGGGGAUACUGGUUUAGAUGGGGCGUUAAGGGAUACUACUGGUUUUGAUGUUAGUUUAAGCGGGUCUUUACGCAGUGACAUGUUAGAUAGGAAGCUAGAAGAUGAAGAGAUUCAAAGUGGGCCUUCUACUACUCAUAAUGCGCCACAAGAAGAGAAGUUUAGUGGAUCUAAACCGAUUCAGCCACUUCGGUAUGGUCGAAUAUCGGGAGAGAUGAGGCUUGGAUGCUUGGAUCCAAGGCUUGGGNCUUCAGAUGUAGUAGCACGAUUCUUUGUUGCACUUUUGAACCCUAGAAUUAAAGGUGAUUGGAAUCACCGGCCAGUCAUUGAACACAAUACAUGUUAUAGGAUGCAGUGGGGGGUUGCUCAAAGAUGUGAUGGCACUCCAUCCAAGAAGGACACAGACAUGCUUGUUGAUGGAUUCCGUAGAUGUGAAAAGUGGACAAAGGAUGACAUAAUUGACAUGGUGGACUCAAAGGAAUCGAAGACAACUUCUUGGUUCAAACGGUUUAUAGGACGUGAACAGAAACCUGAGGUCACUUGGUCAUUCCCUUUUGCGGAAGGCCGAGUCUUUGUCCUAACUUUGCGAGCUGGAAUUGAUGGUUUCCAUAUAAAUGUUGGAGGAAGGCAUGUGUCUUCAUUCCCUUAUCGACCGGGGUUUACCAUAGAAGAUGCCACAGGGCUGGCAAUUAUUGGAGAUGUUGAUAUUCACUCUGUUCAUGCUACUUCUCUUUCAACAUCUCAUCCGAGUUUCUCACCUCAGAAAGCAAUAGAGUUUUCUUCAGAAUGGAAAGCUCCUCCAUUGCCUGGCACUCCUUUUCGCCUUUUCAUGGGUGUUCUAUCAGCAACUAACCAUUUUGCAGAGCGCAUGGCAGUGAGAAAGACAUGGAUGCAACAUCCUUCGAUUAAAUCUUCAGAUGUAGUAGCACGAUUCUUUGUUGCACUUAACGCAAGAAAAGAAGUCAAUGCAAUGCUGAAGAAAGAGGCUGAAUAUUUUGGAGACAUUGUGAUUCUGCCCUUUAUGGAUCGUUACGAGCUUGUGGUCCUUAAGACAAUUGCUAUUUGUGAAUUUGGGGUCCAGAAUGUGACAGCUCCAUAUAUAAUGAAAUGUGACGAUGACACAUUCAUCAGAGUGGAAUCAAUUUUGAAACAAAUCGAUCGAGUCUCUCCGGAAAAAUCACUCUAUAUGGGAAAUCUAAAUCUUCGACAUCGUCCUCUUAGAACUGGCAAGUGGGCAGUUACAUGGGAGGAGUGGCCAGAAGCUGUCUACCCUCCUUACGCCAAUGGACCCGGAUACAUAAUUUCAAUCAACAUUGCUAAAUAUAUUGUUUCUCAGAAUUCAAGGCAAAAGCUUAGGCUGUUCAAGAUGGAAGAUGUGAGCAUGGGAAUGUGGGUGGAGAAAUUCAACGCCUCAAUGCAGCCUGUUGAAUACUCACACAGCUGGAAGUUUUGCCAAUACGGAUGCACACUGAACUACUACACUGCACAUUACCAAUCUCCGAGUCAGAUGAUAUGCUUGUGGGAUAAUUUGUUGAAAGGCCGAGCACAAUGUUGCAAUUUCAGAUGACCAAAAUGAAGCACUGGUAGGGAGAUAACAGGAUUACAGAUUAGGCACCACCUAAACUUUUUUGUACUUUUCCUCUUUGGUGCCAGUAGUUGUCUUACACAUUUACACAUUCAACAUAACAAUAUCUUCUUGUA